AUGCGCUGCCAGCCCGGGACUGUCACCCGUGUGCUCCGAGGAUUAAAUUUCCCUUUUUCUUCCACUUUUGGCUCUCGGCUCUUCUUCCACAACGGGUCCGGCGCUGCGCCGCGAGGCCCCCGCCCUCCCCAUGGGCAUCGCAGGGGGCGAACCCCCUCUUUUCCUGGGGUGCAACCCCCCCUGCCAAUGGCCCCCCCCCGGGUCAGAGGAGCGUUUCGGGGGCCCGUAGCGUAUGGGGGGGUGGGCGCUUUGCAGCCGAACCCCCAAAUCUGGCCCAGCGGGGAGGAAACCGGUUGUGCCGCGAUGAGCCGUGGCCUCUGCCGGCUGCGAAUGCGGCCAAACCAGUUUGGAGGAGCCACCAGUGCCGUCACCAGAGCCCGUCGCCGGUGGGGAGCCACGGGCCGAGAGAGGCUCCCCGGAGAGGCGACGGUGACAAGGAUGGCCGCGGGGACGGCCGCCGGGGACGGCCUGGACCUGAGCGAGGAGUGGCAGGAUGAGGACUUCCCCCGGCCCCUGCCGGAGGGGUGCCCGGGGGCUGGGGGUGCCCCGCGGCGCAUGCGGAGGCGGCUGCCAGCGCCGGAGCAGACCGAGAGCGCCGAGCGCUCGCCCGACGCCAGCAUCGACAUCGACCUGGACGCGCUGGAGACGCCCUCGGGCAGUGACGGCUUCGAGUGGGAGGAGGAGCUGCCGCAUGCCUGGGGCUUCGCCGAGGGGGCUGGCAGCCGGCGGGCGCCGGGCACGGAGGACGAGCGGCCGGAGGAGAGCGUGGACCUGAGCGCGGUGGAGCCCUACAGCCGGGUCCUCUCCCACGGGGGGUACCAUGGUGAGGGCUUCGGUGCCAUCCUGCUCUUCGCCGCCUGCCACCUCCCGGACAGCAGCAUCCCCCGGUACAGCUACGUGAUGGAGAACCUGCUCAGGUACAUCGUGGGCACCCUGGAGAGGACGGUGGCCGACCGCUACGUCCUGGUGUGCCUGAGCGGGGCGGCAGCGUGGGGGCAGAUCCCCUCCUUCGGCUGGAUGAAACGGUGCUACCAGGCUAUGGAUCGGCGGCUCCGGAAGAGCCUCCAGGCUGUGAUCAUCGUCCACCCCACCUGGUACGUCAAGGCACUCGUGACGCUCUCCCGGCCCUUUCUCAGCCCCACCUUCAGCAGCAAGGUCCGGUUCGCCCCCAGCCUGCGGGAGCUCUCCCGGCUCGUCCCCUUGGAGCCAGCGCACGUCCCCGAGCCCGUCCGGCGGCUGGAACCGAGCUGGGAUGGCAGCCGGGACGUGACGCGGUGACGGGGACACACAGGGACGAGCGGUGGCAUCGGGGGCUCGGUUCCCCGCACGCCCACGGGUGAAUAAAGGACGUGGCCGGGAGCACGUGUGGG